AUGAUCGACUGGCGAGCCCGCGUCUCGCCCGAGGAGUUCGAUCGCUACCGCGGCCUGCUGCUGGCGCCCGCCUCCGGAGGCCGGGCACCGCAGCCCGCCGGCGGCGCGCCGGGGGCGCCGGCGGCCACUCCGCAGGCCGCCUCGCUGCACAAGGCCGCCCCGCCGCCGAAGGCCGCCUGCCGUUCCCGGCAGGCCUCCAGGCAGGAUUCGCGCAGGCGCGCCCGCUCCGACGGCGGCGGCUGCGCCCCAGGCGGCCGCGCGCGGGCUUCGGUGUCCCCAGGCUUGCGGCUGGUCCGCCGGGCGCGACGUUUCUACCAGCCGCUGGGGAGACGACCUGCCACGUCGCCCAGGCGGCCUGCUGAGCGGCGCGCGGGGCGGCGCCGGGCGGGAGGGGCGACCGCCGGCGCGGGGAGCCGUGCGCCGGCGGCGGUGCUCAGGGACAACGGCCGCCGUCUCCCGCUCGCAGCGCCCGCGCUGCUGGGGCGCGCUGCGAGGCGGGGCCAGGCCAGGCCGGGCCCAUCCGCCGGCCGGGCGGCAGGAGGGGGCCGGCAGCGGGCGGCGCCCCGGCGCGGCGCGGCGGAGGAUCGGUGGAGCAGUGUGGGGAUGAGGACGAUGCGAGCGGCUUGAUCGAUCGUCGGUUCGGGGCGGCCUCUGUGCGGCCACGCGUUCGUGGCAGCACCACUCUGCACAGGGCUCCCUCGGUGCACGAGCGGCGCCGGCGCUUCGCCGCCGCGGGCGCGGCCAGCGUCGAGUGGCGCCCGCCGGCGUCCGACUCUGGGCCGAGGGGCUGCUGGAGCGCGCCGCGAGCGAGGCUCGGCCAGCGGGGACGUACGGCCCUUGCUACCGCCAUUUCCGGGGCAAUGUAAGGGUGGGAUAGGCUCAGGAGGGGAUGGAUCUCAG